UCAGACAGCGCAGGGUAAACACUCAGGAAAUAACUCAGAGGAUUGCUGGAAGGAAUGAAGGAGACUAUGCUUUCAUCUGACGAGCACACAGACUUGUAAUCUGCGGUAUUUUGUAUCCUACUUAUAUAAUAUUUGGUCAUAUACAUUCUGCCGCCAUAUAAAGAGCCAUCAUGUUCAAUUUUCUCAGGUCUAGAAAGGAGAAGGAGAAGGCGCUGCGUCAUAAAGUUCAGGAAGUUAUAAGAGCAAAUAAGCCAGAAAAACUCCGUAUGUUAUUGUCUGAGGGGAAAGCUCAGAAACUUAUCAGGAAAACUGGUGGGCUUGUGCUACACAGAUGUCUGUUUUCUGCUAUAAAUUUUAGUCAUUUUCAGUGUAUUGAAGAAUUGUUAAAAGCUGGAGUCAAACCAUGUUAUGAGCGUAGGCGUAACGCUGUAAUUCACACCAUUUUUAAAGAGCAGGUCAGCGUCCUCAGGCUGCUGUUGGAAUAUGGAGCAAAUCCUGAUGUCGACCUCGACAUGACUCAACCUUUAUACUAUGCAGCAAGUUUUGCAGAUCUGACUUGUUUUCGAAUGUUACUACUUUUUGGCGCUGACCCAGAUUACAACUGUUCACACCCUGAAUUCUUAAGCAGUGCUCCAGAUGUUUCGUCAAUAUUAGGGAUGUGUCUUGCCAACAACUAUGAGGUCCAAUUUGUGAAACUGCUCAUUCAGUUUGGGGCUAAUAUGUACUUACCUGAUAUACAGAGAACCCGGAUCCAAGUUGAUAAUGAUGCAGCAAAACUUCUGGACAGAGAAAUAGUUCAUCCAAGAUCCCUGAUGUCCCAGUGUCGUAUCACUAUAAGAAGGCUAAUGAAACAAGUGGGGAAACUUGGUCUCAUUGAUCAGCUAGAAGUCCCUUAUGUACUACUGAGAUACUUACAGUACCACGAUGAGCUGGAUUACAAAGAGAAGCUGCCACGACAUUAUCAAGCAAGAUAUCCGGUAUUCCAUUGUCGGGAUCUCUGUCUUAUAUCAAACCAAUGAGAUCAGGAAAUGUCCAGUAACUGCCCAGAGUGAUCAUUCUGGAAGGAGGGGAAUAUGAAGAUGAUUUUGUUACCAAAGAAUCGAUAACCUACUGU